GGUGGGGGAUUAGUGCAUGGCAUUAAUAUUUGAAUUUCCUUAAUCAGGUUUAGAUUAAUUGAUAUGAUAAUUAUUGGAUUACUAAUUUUCCCUGUGUCAGGAUUGACUGGAUUUCAUGUCGUGUUGGUUUCAAGGGGAAGAACUACAAAUGAACAGGUCACUGGAAGGUUUAAAGGGGGACACAAUCCUUUCACCAAGGGAUGCUGCCUGAACUGUAAAUAUACCUUAUGUGGUCCUGUGUGGCCUAAAUUAUCAUCUUAUGUGCCUAAACAUAGAACGCUGUCAAUAGAUGCUACAAAAGUGAAGUAUACAUCAGCCAAUAAGGAAAUUAAGUUGUACACAGAUGCUAGUACUAAUGGGGUAAAAAGAAACACAGCAGUAGUGAACCAGAACGUAAGGAUUUAUUUCAGCAAUGUACAGUUCCGAACCCCUCUGUUGUUGUUUUGGAAUGUGCCCAUUUGUUACAAAAUAAAAACUGUGUCUCC